GCGAGAGAGUGAAGAUAAAGCGACAGUAGCAGGAUGAAAGGCUGGCUGUACCUGCUGCUGUGCCUCCCGCUGGCCCAUGCCGGGGUGGUGCAGGAUUUUAACCAUGUGGAGCGGUGUAAAGACUCGCUCUACAUGGGCACUCCACCAAGGGGCUACCUGAACCACGGGCACAAGAAAAUCUGCCAGCGGCUGCAGGACAGGCCGCGCUACGUGACCCUGUACGACCCCCGCAGGCGCAUGCCCAUCUACUCGGCUUACACCUUCAAAAAAUCAGAUGGGGAGAAGAGCGUGGACCAGCCCUGGAUGUACGAACCUCAGCUGGCCUCAGGUCUGGGCAGCAGUAACAUGGAGCCGUUUUCUCCGUCUUCAAGCACGCGGAUGCUGAUGGACUCUCAGGCCACCCUGGAGGACUUUGCGGAUGUGGUCCAGUACGAGAGAGGUCAUCUGAACCCUGACCAGCACCAGGCCGACCCCGUGGACAAAGCAGCCACUUACGCCCUCACCAACGUCGUCCCACAGAUCAGAGAGUUUAACGUGGGCCCGUGGGGGCAGCAUGAAGACCGCAUCCGGCAGCGGCUAAACAACUACUGCCGCGGGACGGCCUACGUGGUGACCGGCACCACCACGGCCGGCAACAUGAUUCGCAGGAAUAACAAUGACCGGGUGGGCAUUCCAGAGUACAUGUGGACGGCGUACUGCUGCACCGAUUUUGACCGCAACGCUCCCUACCUGGAGCGCUACCGGUUCCCCGCCUUCGGGGCCUACGGCCUGAACGACCGGGUUAACAACGCUGUGGUGGAGGUGCCUCUCAAAACCCUGGAGAAGUUCCUGAAAGGACGCAUGGACGUGGACAAGAACUUCCAGAUAUUCUACAAUGACUGCGUCCCAGAUGAAAUGUAGCUUUAAUCAUCUUCCAUUAUCUCUAUUGUCUAUUAUGUUACAUGCAUAUAUUAUAAAUCACCUGCUUCUAUGGUAAUAUACAUAACAUAUGACCUUUAUGUAUUAUACAUAGGGGUAAUUACAUAUUUAUAGCUUUAACUCUGCUGGUCUCAGCAUAUCGCUGUUG